AUGUCGACAGAAGCAAUAUUUCGACAAUUGGGCAGACUUAACGAAUCUCAUACGAGUAUCGGACCUGGCAAGACACGUGAAGAAUACUUGAAAUUAUUUUCCCGAACAAGCUAUUCAACAAAGAACGAAUGGCCUUAUUCAAGUCCAUUUGCUGGCUUCUAUGAUGUAUCAAAUACAAGUACUGGUUUAAUUCUACUUAAUCAACGAUAUAAAUAUUCACAUUUACGAGGAAAAAUUUUACCGAAAGAAACUACACGUCCAUCCGAAGAAAAUUAUAAAACAUUCUACGAAACUCUUCUUGAAUCUGAACAAGAACCAAAAUCAAAACAUUCACAUAAACUUCUUUUACCAAGAGCAUCAGUUGAUCCUUAUCGACAUUUCGAAAGGUCAAAACAAAUAUUGGCAUAA